CACAGUCAACAAUGGAAGGAGCUGCAGUAGAUGAGCAGCUCUCCUACUCUUCCCUCCUCCCCUUACUAACUAAUAUCAUGCUCACACAAAGGAACAUGGCAAAGGUACUCAUCCCUGAGAUACAUGAGGAAUUCCAUACCUAGUCACUGGGACCUGACCUUACCAAUGGUCAACGUUCACAAGAGAAGCACUACAUGCAGAAGAUUGCAAAAAGAGAAGAGAGUUCGCAUUGGAAGACUACCAGUGGUUAAAGAGAAUCCUUUACUUAACUUCCACAACUGAUUCUAUUUUCACUCUCAGCUGUGCGGGAGAAGCUGGACGUUUUGAUUGAAUAACUUCCCAUCCAACAAUGCCAUGGUUCAUGUGGUGCCAUUCAUGAGAAGUAUAGAAGGAUCACCUCCUGCCUAAGCGUUUAGCCUCUUUGUGAAACAAAGUCACGACAUCAUCAUAUCACUGUCAGUGAGACGUGUGCAGGCACCAAGGUAAUAGGAGCGGCAAUGGGACACAGCCUCGAGGACGACCACUCUACAUGUUUCGGGGGACGUUUCCCUUCGCUGCACCCUAGAGAGGAUAAGGAGUUGUGAGCAGGGGGUGUCUUGGUGAUUAAAAGUUUUGGUUCAGGUUGAAGGUCAAAAGGAAGUCAUGGUGUCCGUGGGGAGAAUCAGAAUUGUUCUCUGCUGCGUAUUGAUGAAUGUCAGUGCAGUGAUAGACUCUGAUGAUGUCAUCACACGAGACGAGCAGAUUUACCUCCUGAUUGGUCCCCGUGCCAAGUGUGAGAGGAUAAUCCAUUCCCAGCUGGCCAUAGUCAAAGAAGAUGACUGUGUACCGGAGUGGGAUGGGAUUAUCUGCUGGCCCAGAGGGAAGCCUAGUCAGCUGGUCUCGGUUCUAUGUCCAGAAUACAUCUACGACUUCAACCACAGAGGUCAGGCCUAUCGUCAGUGUGAUGCCUCAGGGAACUGGGAGCAGGUGCCUAGCAUCAACCGCACCUGGGCCAACUACACUGAGUGUACCACCUACCUAUUGUCUAGCCAUAGAAGCCAGGAAGAGGAGGUGUUUGAGCGGCUUCACUUGAUGUACACCAUUGGCUACUCCAUCUCUCUGGUAUCCCUACUGGUGGCUGUCUCGAUUCUCUGCUACUUCAAGCGUCUCCACUGUACACGGAACUACAUCCACAUUCACCUCUUCACCUCCUUUGUGUUUCGGGCCAUCAGUAUCUUUGUGAAGGAUGCUGUCCUCUAUGCCAUGUCUGACGACGGAAAGACUGAAGCAGAGGAAUUGGCAGAGAGACCCCAUAUGGUGGGCUGUAAGGUGGCCGUUACUCUCUUCCUGUAUUUCCUGGCGACCAAUCACUACUGGAUCCUGGUGGAGGGGCUGUACCUGCACAGCCUCAUCUUCAUGGCCUUCCUCUCAGACAAGAACUACCUGUGGGCGCUCACCAUCAUCGGCUGGGGUGUCCCUGCAGUGUUUGUGUCCAUUUGGGUCAGUGCGCGAGCAUCACUGGCAGACACUCAGUGCUGGGACAUCAGUGCGGGAAAUCUGAAGUGGAUCUAUCAAGUCCCAAUUCUUGCAGCCAUUGUAGUGAACUUCUUCCUGUUCCUCAACAUCAUACGAGUGUUGGCCUCUAAGCUGUGGGAGACCAACACAGGCAAACUGGACCCCCGUCAGCAGUACAGGAAGCUGUUGAAAUCCACCCUUGUCCUGAUGCCCUUGUUUGGAGUACACUAUAUGGUGUUUAUGGCUCUACCCUACACUGAGGUGACGGGCCUGUUGUGGCAGGUGCAGAUGCACUACGAGAUGUUCUUCAACUCUUCCCAGGGAUUCUUUGUGGCAUUCAUCUACUGUUUCUGCAAUGGGGAGGUGCAGGCGGAGGUAAAGAAGGCAUGGCUACGGCGGAGCCUGGCCUUGGACCUCAAACAGAAGACCCGGGUGACCAGCAGUGGGGGCGGGGGCAGCUGCUACUAUGGCGGCAUGAUGUCACACACCACCACCCACAGCGUGAGUCUGACUGUGGCCAAUCCCAGAGGAAUGUCCCUGAAUGGGGCAGGGGCCCCCGGGAUGGGAGGAGCUGGGGGAAGCAAUGGGGGAGGGGGAAGCAGGCAGCCACGCCUCACCUCCUCCUUCCACCCCCUCACCAACCUGCCAGGUUACGUGCCCAGCAACACGGAGACCCCCAGGCAGAAACUUGUUAUUUGGAGGCCUGGGGUGGGGGCUGGAGCUGAGGCCGGUGUUAGUGCCUUUCCCAGGAACCCCAGGGCUGCUAGUGAGGGGAUCCAAGGGGGUGGUGGUGGAGCCAAGACAGAGCCUGCAGUCUCUGUGCCCCAGCGGUUGGGAGACGAGGACCCCUGCUGCUCUUUGUCUUUAAAGGAACUAGAGACCAUCUUGUGAACUGGAACUGUCAGAUAUAUGGCAUCUAACAGUGAGAGCAGCACUGUAUCAGAUGGCUUUACUUAUCCAGAUUCCUGCCAUGGAUCCAUAUCAAGGCUCCAUUCAAGUGAUCUCCAAUGACCUAUUUGAAUCUCCCCUGAAUCCCUUGUUUGAUUGACUGAUGUCUGAAGACUUAGCUAAGUACAUUUAGUUGGGGUUAAAGAAUCAUUGUGUGUAAACUGAUCUGAUGACACGAUUAUCAAUAGAACAUUGAUCCAAGGAUCAUGAAGAAAAAACAUGUACUU